AUGGACUCCAUCAUCAACAUAAGCAAGGGCGUGCUCCAGCAGCAGCUGUCCGGGCAAAGUCAGGCGCAGCAUCAAGCCCAAGAGCAAUCAAACACCGGCGGCGGCGGUUUUCAAGACGACGUUCUGAAGAUGGCCCAGCAGCAGGCCGCUGGCAUGGCCGGCAACACGGGUAGCAGCGACUUGUUCUCCAACAUCAUGGGAGCCCUCGGCAACAAGCAGGAAAAAAUCCAAAACGAGGACAUUGAUGAACAAGAUGCCGUCAAGCAGCAUCAGCACGCGUACCAAAACAACGGCAAGGGGGACUCCAGCACGCUGGGAACUGCAGCGGCCAUGCAAGCUCUCAAGAAAUUCACGCAGUCCGAAAACAGCGCCAGCUCUCAAACCGGACAGGCCGCCUUCUUGGCCAUGGCCAUGUCCGAAGCCACCAAGCUGUUCGACUCAAAGGCUGCCCAGGGCAAGGUCGCCGACGGCGCCAGCAAGGAGAAUGUUGUGCAGCAAGCCGCUGAAAUGGCCAUGAAGAUGUAUUUCAAGAGUCAGGCCGGCUCACAGGGUGGAUUGGCUGGAAUGGCUGCCAAGUUUCUCGGUUGA